CAAUCGAGCGCCGGUGGGCGGGUCGUGUGAUCGGCGGCGGCGGCGGGUCGGUGGCGGCGGCGCGUGUCCCGUGUCCAUGGCCUUGCUCGGGCUCGAGCUCGCAGUAUGACGGAUCACGGCGAGGAGCAGCGCAACGAGCUGGAGGCGCUCGAGUCCAUCUACCCCGACUCGUUCACAGUGGUGUUGGAGAAUCCUGCAAGUUUUACCAUAAGGGUAACGUCUGAAACAGGUGAAAAUGAAGAAACUGUCGAAUCAACGCUCCAAUUUACAUAUGUGGAAAAAUAUCCAGAUGAUCCUCCAAAGUUUGAAAUUGCGGCACAUGAGAAUCUUCAGACGUCUGAUAUUGCAGAUAUAAUGUCACUGUUAAAUGACCAGGCACAAGAAAAUAUUGGGAUGGUGAUGAUAUUUACUUUAGUGACAGCUGUUCAAGAAAAAUUAAAUGAAAUUGUGGAUCAAAUGAAAUCUCGCAAAGAAAUGGUGAAGUUAUUACAAGAAAAAGAAGCUGAAGAAGAAAUUGAAAAGGCUGUUUUCCAUGGUACGCCUCUAACAAUUGAAAAUUUCUUGUCAUGGAAAGCAAGAUUUGAUGCAGAGUUAAUUGAAAUAAGAAAAAAUCAAAAGGAAGAGGAGCAGGCUGGAAAAGUUAAACUGACAGGAAAGCAGCUGUUUGAAACUGACCACAACCUUGAUACAUCUGACAUUCAGUUCUUGGAAGAAGGUAACAAUGUGGAAGUUGACGAAUCCCUUUUCCAAGAUAUGGAUGAUCUAGAAUUAGAUGACGAUGAUGACCCAGAUUAUAAUCCUGAUUUAGUAAGCGAUGAAGACUGAAUUCAAAGAAAUGAUUUUGGGAAAAGUCACCAUUUACAAAUGGCAGGAUUUAAAGACAUCAGUGAAUGAGAAUUAAGUCACAGUAUCUGUGACUACUUGUAUUGCAAUUAGCAAGCAGAGAAAAAAUACAAAGCUUUUUUUAUCUAAUGCCCAUUUCUGUAUGGUUUCAUCACUGUGUUCAAUAAAUUUACUCCAAAAGUCAA